CCCCACCCCAACUUAGGAGGCCCGGAAGCGGAAAUGACGAAUGCGGAAGUGACCGGCUGUUGCCGAGGGGACGGGCCAGGCAGAUGCCAACAUGGCAGCUGUUGGGUCUGGUGGUUCCACCGCGACGGCCGGGCCAGGGGCUGUCUCCGCAGGGGCGUUGGAGCCUGGGACCUCGAGUGCGGGUAACGUGAAGCACCUGGUUCUUUUCCUCCAUGAGGCUGUCCUGGUGCAGUACAUGGACACACUCAAGCUUGCAGUGCCCUCUCUCAUCUAUACCUUGCAGAAUAACCUCCAGUAUGUUGCCAUCUCCAACCUGCCAGCUGCCACUUUCCAGGUGACGUACCAGCUGAAGAUCCUGACCACAGCACUGUUCUCCGUGCUCAUGCUGAACCGCAGCCUCUCCCGGCUGCAAUGGGCUUCCCUGCUGCUCCUCUUCACUGGCGUCGCCAUUGUCCAGGCACAGCAAGCUGGCGGCGGGGGUCCACGGCCACUGGAUCAGAACCCUGGGGUGGGCCUAGCGGCUGUGGUGGCUUCCUGUCUCUCCUCAGGCUUUGCCGGUGUCUACUUUGAGAAGAUCCUCAAAGGCAGCUCAGGCUCCGUGUGGCUGCGCAACCUGCAGCUGGGCCUCUUUGGCACAGCCCUGGGCCUGGUGGGGCUCUGGUGGGCUGAGGGCACAGCCGUAGCCCACCGCGGAUUCUUUUUUGGGUAUACACCUGCCGUCUGGGGUGUGGUGCUCAACCAGGCCUUUGGUGGGCUCCUGGUGGCUGUUGUCGUCAAGUAUGCUGACAAUAUCCUCAAGGGCUUUGCCACCUCCUUGUCCAUUGUGCUGUCCACUGUUGCCUCCAUCCGCCUCUUUGGCUUCCAUGUGGACCCGUUGUUUGCCCUGGGCGCAGGGCUGGUCAUCGGUGCCGUCUACCUCUACAGCCUGCCCCGAGGUGCAGCCAAAGCCAUAGCUUCUGCCUCUGCCCCCACCUCCGGGCCCUGCACUCACCAGCAGCCUCCCGGGCAGCCACCGCCACCACAGCUGUCUUCCCACCAUGGAGACCUCAGCACGGAGCCCUUUCUGCCAAAGUCAGUGCUGGUGAAGUGAGGGCUGGUGGCAGUGAGGGGGGGAGACAGGGAGGGACUCUGGGUGGAGGGUGUUGGGCAUCUGCAGGAUUCAAGUUGCCACUGGGGCCUGGCUCCUCUGGGGUUGGAAGGGUUUUUUCUUCCAGGUCACUGAAAUUUCCAGAAGGGUGUGGGACUAGGGCAGGGGCAUCACAUGAACCCUUCCUUGUAGCCAGGGGUUUUUAGAGCUGCCGCCUCUGCCCCAGUCUAACCCCUCAGCCAGAGGUGUCCUGUCUCUCAAGCCUGGGAGAGUCCCAGCAAUCCCUCCACCUUUGUAGGGACAAACUGGACAAAAAUUCUUCAGCUCUUUAGUAGUGACUGAUGCCUACCUGUGGGGUUCCGAUUCCCAUAGCUCGAGGCCUUCUCUCCUCCCUGGUAACUACACUGGAUCGUUAGCAGCUCAGUCUUUUUGUGGCCUUGGGGCAGCUUCCCUGACACAGGGACUUGAAAAAGGGCCCCUUAUGAGCACCUAGAGAGAGAGGAAGGGGGAUGAGAGCUGAGAUUUUUGCAUCAGCCCACUCAGGGGGAGGGUGCAGUAGGAGCCAUUGGUUUGUAAGUGGUUUGGGGGUUUGUGGUGUAAUCAGAUGAAUGAUCCAGGGUAUGGGAAAAAAAAGGGAGGUCCUUGAAGUGGCCUAGUCUCAUGGAAAAGACACUGUAAGUUGCUGGAUGCAGGGUUAUUUUCUGAGACAUUCGGAGAGGAAAAUAAAGCUGCGAACCACACUUGUGAUACCCCACUGGCUGUAUGAGGCACCCUUACUUCAUGUGGAAGGGUGUCUUUAAAUUGCUGACAUGUGGAACCUGCCCCCCUGCACUCCCCAAAGCUUAUUAACCCCUUAACUGUCUCCCAGGGUGUGUGGGGAGUAUGUGUGUGCAUCUGUUGGUGCGUGUGUGCGUGUGCUUGCACAUGAGAGAUGCCUGGGCUGUCUUUGCUAUAUGUACAUAGGGCCAUUGGAUCUUUAUUUUUGAUUAAUUUGUUCUGAUUUUUUGGUUUGUUUUUUAAGGGACUGUAAUGAACAAAUGUCAGGAUACCCAAUGCCAAAUAAAGAUAUUGUAUUUAUUUA